AUGAAGUUUCGACUAGAUUUAAGUUCUCUUGAAUUUUAUUCAAAUUUUUUCGAUUUUUCCUUUAUGAUUUUUACUCUUUGCUUUUAUCUUCUAUUCCUGUUCAAGGCGAAGUUGGCAAAUAAUUUAAGGUUUAACAGGUAUAUUUUCUCAGCCUCCGUCGUUAAGGCUUUUUUAAACCUUUCUCUCUUUGAUAGGCUAAAUUUAUACGUUUUAAUUUUAUGCUCUUUUGCCUGGUUUAUCAUGUUCAAAGGCACCACUAACCUAACACCACUCAGGACCAUGAUCUCAAAGUUUCCCAAAUCUCAUCCACACACCUUCUCACACCAAUCCUAACAUCUCACAUAAGAUUAUAUUUCACCCUAAUCUUAAGAUUUUCACAUAAAAUUGUAAAUUUUCACAUAAAAUCGUAUUUCACAUAAUAAAAUUUGUAAAAUAAUCUUUUAAAAUAUUUCA